AUGGAGUCUCUUACCACUCACCCUGCCACCGCGCAACAAGCCAAAGCCUUCACUUCUCCUGCGUCCCUGUCGUUUCCCGGCGGCGCUGGGGACUUGACACCGCCCUCAUCUGAGAAAGAUGGACAAAACCUCAACGGUAGCUCGUACGCAGAUGGAAAGAUGAACGGUCAACAGCAGGGAGGAAACGUUCUGCAAGCUCCGCAGACUCCCAGUGCGACUCCUGGUGCUGGAGUGAGUGGUAUUGUCCCAACUCUGCAAAACAUCGUUGCUACGGUCAACUUGGACUGUCGUCUCGAUCUCAAGACCAUUGCACUUCACGCCCGCAACGCCGAGUACAAUCCUAAGCGUUUCGCUGCCGUCAUCAUGCGUAUCCGUGAACCCAAGACUACUGCUCUGAUUUUCGCAUCAGGCAAGAUGGUCGUCACGGGCGCAAAGUCGGAAGAUGAUUCUAAGCUUGCCAGCCGCAAGUAUGCCCGUAUCAUCCAGAAACUUGGUUUCAACGCCAAGUUCACCGACUUUAAGAUCCAGAACAUCGUGGGCUCUUGUGACAUCAAGUUCCCCAUUCGAUUGGAAGGGCUGGCCUCCAAGCAUCAUCCUUUCAGUUCGUAUGAGCCUGAGUUGUUCCCGGGUCUCAUCUACCGCAUGAUCAAGCCCAAGAUUGUCUUGUUGAUCUUCGUCAGCGGGAAGAUCGUACUCACCGGCGCCAAAGUUCGUGAGGAGAUCUACCAGGCAUUCGAGCAGAUCUACCCGACACUUUCAGGUAAGCCACUUCGACCUGCGUGA